CUUGGCGAAGGUGGGAAUUCCUUUCUGCAACCCCUCGUAAGCCGGCUCGGUCGACCUGUCCUUAUUUCACAAACUGUCAUGCGAGCUGCCAGUCCGGUUUCGGCGGCAGUGAAAGUUCAUCUCUCAAAGCCUGCUGGCCUAAUAAUUUCUCUUGUUUUUUCGAUUAUUUUUUUGUAUUCUUUUUCUUCCUAACGACAUAGUUUGUGUGCUUGUUUUCUGUGAAAGCUGAAGUGCCUUUGGCAACCGUUUUGUUAAUAUUUCGUUCUUAUCCUGCCAACUCGAUUAAAACGUGGAAUUUUUGUAUUUAUUAUAUUUGGAUAUAUUAUUUACCCAUUGGUUGGCAUGUUUUAUGGAUUAUAUACAUUUUGAUCGAAAGUGAGAGGGCGAGGCUUGGAUGCGAUGUAUGGCUGAGGCAGCCUCCACUGAGGACGAAGAAGAGGAGACAUGGAGGCUGGGAUCAAACCCUGCUGCAGGGAUCCUGAUGGAGACACCAUCGAUUAUGAAUUCAGACGAAUACGGGCUAAUGAUGCAACAUACAAUGCCCUUUUUAACUACGCGAACAAUUAUAUUAAAACAUCAAAGUAUACCUUCCUGACAUUUGCCCCCCUCAAUCUUUUUGAACAAUUUCAGAGAUUGGCAAAUUUUUACUUCCUUUGUCUAUUAGUCCUCCAGCUUAUACCUCAAAUUUCCUCAUUAACUCCUAUAACUACUGCUGUGCCUUUGAUUGUUGUGUUGUCCAUUACUGCCCUUAAAGAUGCCAUCGAUGAUUUCCAAAGGCAUCGGAGUGAUAGCCAGGUCAACAACAGGCUAUCUCGGGUGCUGCGGGGUGGUCGAUUGGUGGAUGAAAGGUGGCAUAAAGUACAAGUGGGAGACAUCAUCCGCAUGGAGAAUGACCAGUUCGUUGCAGCUGAUCUUCUCCUCUUGUCAUCAAGUGAACCUAAUGGAUUGUGCUACAUAGAAACUGCUGAACUAGAUGGUGAGACAAACUUGAAAUGUCGCCAGGCAUUGGUUGAAACAGCAGAGCUAGGCGACGACAAUGAGAAGAUUGGCAGUUUUGAUGGUGAAAUAAUAUGUGAAGCUCCGAAUAACAACCUUAGCAAAUUUGAAGGAACAUUGAAUUGGAAGGGGAAAAGUUACAUGCUGGAUAAUGACAAGAUGUUGCUGCGUGGGUGUGUACUCCGUAACUCCAAAUGGUGUUACGGUGUGGUGGUGUUUGCUGGAAAGGAUACUAAGCUAAUGCAAAACAGUGGAAAGACCAUCUUCAAACGCACCAGCUUGGAUAGGCUUCUCAAUUUAUUAAUUAUUGGGAUAGUCUUCUUCCUUCUGAGCAUGUGCCUCUUUUGUACCAUUGCGUGUGGUGUGUGGGAAACUGUGACUGGCCAACACUUCCGCAUUUACCUUCCAUGGGACACGCCAGUGCCUACGAACAACGUCACCAGUGGGGCUACGGUCAUCUCUUUGCUCGUUUUCUUCUCGUACGCCAUAGUCCUCAAUACUGUCGUCCCCAUUUCUCUUUAUGUUAGUGUUGAAGUAAUUAGAUUCUGCCACAGUCUUUGGAUCAACUGGGAUGACAAAAUGUACUACGCUCCCAAGUAUGCGGCUGCUCGAGCCAGGACCACCACACUCAACGAAGAGCUUGGACAGAUAGAGUACAUAUUUUCUGAUAAGACUGGGACACUCACCCAGAAUAUUAUGACUUUCAACAAAGCAUCCAUUAAUGGCCGUGUCUACGGUGAACUAUUAGAUGAAAUCACUAGAGAACCUUUAGAAAUUACUGAAGACACAAAAGCUGUAGAUUUUUCUCUGAAUCCUUUGUAUGAGCCUUCUUUCAGGUUUUAUGAUAAAAGCCUUCUAGAACAAGUGAGAAGUGGGGACCAACGUGUGCACGAGUUUUUUCGUAUUCUUGCUUUGUGUCAUACGGUCAUGUGUGAUGAAAAAGAUGGCAAGCUUGAAUACCAAGCCCAAUCACCUGAUGAAGCUGCUCUUACAUCAGCUGCCAGAAAUUUUGGUUUUGUUUUUAAGUCUCGUACACCCACUAGUAUCACAAUAGAAGUGAUGGGACAUAUAGAAACUUAUGAUCUGCUAGCAAUUUUUGAUUUCAAUAAUGUCCGCAAACGCAUGUCUGUGAUAAUUAGAAAAAAUGGGAAAAUAAAACUGUACUCCAAAGGUGCUGAUUCUGUGAUAUUUGAGAGAUUAGGACCUUCUUCAAAUGAUCUGAAGAUCAAAACUUCUGAUCAUUUAAAUAAAUUUGCUAGUGAAGGACUGAGGACGUUGUGCCUAGCAUCGAAAGAUCUCGAUGAAAAUGUGUUCAAUAACUGGAACGAGAGAUUUCACGAGGCUUCCAUUGCCAUGGAGCAUAGGGAAGAGAGAAUGAAUGCCCUGUAUGAAGAUUUGGAGCAGAAUUUAACACUGGUUGGUGCCACUGCUAUUGAAGACAAACUACAGGACGGGGUUCCCCAAUGCAUUGCCAAUCUUGGAAUGGCUGGCAUCAAAGUGUGGGUUUUGACUGGUGAUAAACAAGAAACUGCUAUCAACAUUGGAUAUUCGUGUCAACUGUUGACUGAUGAAUUGAUUGACAUAUUGAUAGUUGAUGGUAUGAAUUAUAGUGAAGUAGAACAACAGCUAACCAAAUAUCUGGAAAUGAUCCGAAGCCAGUACAGGGGCACAACAGAUAGCCUAAUCCAUCCUUACUUGGAUGACCUAAAUUCCCUAUCUGAAAAUGCUGAAGGCCAAGGUUAUGCCUUAGUAGCCAAUGGCCAUAGUUUGGUGUACGCUUUACAACCGUCAAUGGAGAGCCUGUUUGUGGAUGUUUCAUCUGGCUGCAAAUCUGUCAUUUGUUGUCGAGUGACUCCCUUGCAGAAAGCAUUGGUUGUUGAUUUAAUGAAGAGGCACAAAAAUGCUGUCACCUUAGCUAUAGGGGAUGGUGCAAAUGAUGUCAGCAUGAUCAAAAUGGCACACAUAGGAGUAGGCAUCAGUGGUCAAGAAGGCAUGCAAGCCGUCCUUGCGAGUGAUUUUUCUCUCGCUCAGUUCAGGUACCUGGAGCGCCUUCUGCUUGUACACGGGCGCUGGUCAUACUUCAGGAUGGCCAAAUUUUUACGCUAUUUUUUCUACAAGAAUUUUGCCUUUACGCUCUGCCAUUUUUGGUUUGCUUUCUUCUGUGGAUUCUCCGCCCAGACUCUUUACGAUCCAGUUUUCAUUUCAUUUUACAAUGUGUUUUAUACUUCACUGCCUGUCCUAGCACUUGGUGUUUUUGACCAGGAUGUGAGUGAUAAGAACUCCAUCCGUUAUCCGAAGCUUUAUACCCCCGGCCUAAUGAACCUUCUCUUCAACAAGAUGAUCUUCCUUAAAUCUGUGGCCCAUGGCCUUCUCACUUCCUUUAUUCUUUUCUUCAUCCCCUAUGGAGCCUUCAGCUAUGCCAUCGACCCUAAUGGCCUCAGCAUAGAUGACCACCAGCUGUUUGGGACCACCGUAUCCACCAUACUCGUCCUUGUUGUUACUGUACAGAUUGCAAUUGACACAGCAUAUUGGACUAAUUUCAACCAUGUCGUAAUAUGGGGCAGUGCACUCUUUUACCUUGGCAUGACCAUUCUCAUCAACAUGAACUUUUUUGGUAACCCCUAUGUAGGGACAUUCCGCAUGACCUUAAGUACUGCACACUUUUGGUUCACCCUCUUCCUCACCAUCGCCAUUUUGGUUGUCCCCAUUGUAGCCAUACGAUUCUACUACGUGGACACGCAUCCCACUCUGUCGGACAGGGUGAGAAUGAGGCAGAGACUGUCCGACCUCAGGACGAGACCCUCGGAACCGACGCUCAGGAUAUCGAGCGUCAGGCGUAGCAGUAGGCGCUCUGUUAGGUCAGGGUACGCCUUCGCUCACCAAGAAGGCUUUGGUCGCCUCAUCAUGAGCGGCAAAAUUAUGAAGAAAAGCAAAUCCAGCAAUUUAACCAAUAAUCUGCAUUCAACGCCGAAGCAUCAGAACCACUGGAACCACAAAACAAACAAUGUGAGGGAAAAAGGAAGCCCAUCAACUGUCGAAGUGUGAAUUUGUGCUUGGCGACAGUUUCUUUUACCUUUUUUUAUAAACUUCUUUUUUUAAUAAAUAUCACAUUUUUAUUAUGAGACAAGAAGAUCAACUUGUGACAAUCUUGGCAUUGUAGUUGUUGAAUUUGAAAGCGGUUUUCCAUAUUGUAUGAAAUAACCCCAUUGGCAAGAUCAAAAUAUAAGAUCCUUAUACGAAAAAAAAUACUAUGUGAUCAAUUCUGAGAUCAUUCGGUGCACCUGUUGAAUUUCAGUUCAUUUUGAAGGUUAUAAUUCAGUUAUAAUUAAUAACAUAUUUGAAACGGCCUUUUUUUAAAAUUUGGUUCUGUAUUGAAUUUUUGCAUUUUCAAGUUUGAAGUAAUGUUUUGAUGGAGGAAAUGGCACUGAUGCUUGAUGAAAUGUUUGAAAGAGGUUUUUAUAGUUUUUUGACGAAUACUGGAAUGCAAGGAGAGAAUUGCCAAGCUGUAAGAUGGCGCCAAAACAGGCAUUCAAAUUUGUCGAGCUCGGUUUUAAAAAUAUUUCUUGACCAAAGUUAAAUAUUGAUGGUAAUGUGGUAUCCAGAGCUUUGUGCCAUGUUUUUAUGUCAUUUUGAUGGAAUCCUAUUUAAUAUUACUCUCAAUAUUAAAUGCCUUUGAAUAUUUUUAUUAUACCUUACAAAGCUACAAUUGCGGUAGUACUAUAUCGAGCAAAUAUCAGUACCGUUUCUACAGUAUUCCAAUUUUCCGCCAAGAAUUUAUGUAAAUUUUUAUGUAAAAUACACGUUUGUAUUUCCAGAAUUUCAUGAGACGUUUUUUUUUUUUCUUUUCUUCCUUCCCUUCCUUUCAGCCUAUUUUGCUAAAUGUCUUCAAUGUUUCAUUGUAUAUUCAGUUCAUCGUACCAUCAUGCUACAAAGUCUUUUUAUGUUUUUUACCUCAUUCUUAUAAAAUAAACAAAAAAAUAUUGCAUAGGUUUGAAUUCUAUGCCAUAUUGUAUAGGAUAACUUUUAUGAAAGAAUUGCUUUUUGAUGCACAAUUUAUUUUAUUUAAAAAAAUGAAUAAUUAAGAGAGGAAAAAAUGUACAUAUAAAAUAAUUGUUACAUAUUUGUGUAUUUCACUGAAAUGCAAGUUUACCUGAAAUGUAUAAAAGAAAUUUGAGAAUAAAUUUUAUCGUUGCAAAAUGAAAA